AUGGUGGUUCUACAUGUGAAGCGCGGAGACGAGGUCCUCUUUUGUUUUGAGACCAGUGUUAAGGAGAAGACAGACUUGGUUCUGCGGGAUCUGGUGGCGCUCUACAAUGGCCGCCUCAAGAUUCAGCGUAUCUGCAUGGAGAUCGAGGAACUGGCCGAACACGGCACCAUGGUACCGCCUGAAAUGAUGGGCCUGAACGAGGACCAGAGAGAGGAGCUCAAGCUAAAGGAUAAUUUUGCGGAGAAGUGCAUUCCUUCAGGCGGCUUCACCAUCAACAAGGAUCCACUCCUCCGCCGAAAUGGGCAGCAGCCGAAUGAGGCUAUGCAGAAGGUCCUGGCAAAUGCAAUGACGGAUGCCAAGGCCAUGGUGGACAGGAAACUAGCCAAGGACUCGAAAGUUUUGACUCUGAAGAUUGUUGAGGAGGCCUUGAACCUCCUUCGCGGUGCCGUGACCAUUGUUUAUCCCAUGCAAUUGCCUCCUCACGACACGAUUCGCAUGGAGUUCACCAACAUGGAGGAUCUGACUGGCACUCAGGCCUCCAAGGAGGUCAUUGAACCCUCGAAGGCUCAGUUCUGGUUUGCCGGACGCCAGAUGCUGAUGGGAAAGCUCAUGAGCGAGUAUUUGGGCCACAAUGAUAAAACUAAGGUUGUGGUGAAGCUAAAUCAACUGGGUGAAGGACCUCCAGGACGCGAGGCAGUGAUCUCGGAUCCCUUGCGCAAGCAAAUGAUGGCCGAAGCCUUCCGCCGCCAGGAGGAACUCAAGAUAAAUGCCACUUUGUCUAAGGCGCAUCUGCUUAAACGUUUAGAGUGA